CUAGCGCCACUGCCUUCCGUCACCUGCUGGCCGGCUGGGGUUUCUCACUCCCUAACAAUGGAAGGCAUUGAAAUGGACGACCCCCAAUUCCCACACGAUGACGUAUGCGCUGAAAUUCUCUCACAAUUCGGCGACGCUGCAAACGAGCAUCACCUCCACGUAUGCACGGCCAUCGGUGCAAUGACGCUGGAGUUAAAGGAACAAAAUCUCCCGCUCAAACCCCUCUCCUACUUCUGCGCCACCUGUUCUUCUCUCCACCGCCUCUCUUCGGCAUCCGAAACGGAAACUCCCGGCCACCUCGUUGAUGCCCUAAUUACGAUUUUGUCUGUCGUCACUGGGAAGUCUAAUAACGCGGUUCUGAGGAAGAAAUUUGGUUACUUGUCGGACCUUUUGAUUCGGAUUCUUCGGGUCAAGUCGGUUGGUCCCAAUGGGAUUGUUCCGGGUCUGAAGUGCGUCUCGCAUUUGUUGGCUGCAGCAAAGGAGAAAUUCACCUGGUCUGAUAUGGCUCAGCUUUACGGAGUUCUAGUUGCUUGCAUAACCGAUGAUAGAACAAAGGUAAGAAAGCAGGCACAUGCAUGUCUACGUGAAGUCUUGAUAUUGUAUCGUAUGUCUCCACUGCAUGCUGCAUUGCUGACACCAGCUAGUGAAGCCAUAUUGAAAGUUUUUGAACGGUCUCUUCUGCUAGCUGGAGGAUCCAAUUCAAACGUUUCUGAAGUCCCCAGAGGAGCACAGGAGGUUCUGUAUGUUCUUGAUGCUCUGAAAGUUUGUCUCCCUUGCAUGUCUGGAAAGUCUUCAACCAACAUCUUGAAGAACUUCAAAUCUCUCUUGGAUUUAAAACAACCUCUUCUCACUAGGCGAAUAACAGAUUGUCUGAAUGCAAUUUGUCUCAACCCACCUGGAGAAGUUUCCCCUGAAGCCCUUCUUGACCUUUUAUGCUCCUUGGCAACUUCAGUCUCUUCAAAUGAAACAUCUGCUGAGAGCAUGACAUUUACAGCUCGAUUGUUAGAUGUUGGGAUAAGAAAAGUUUAUUCUCUUAACAGGCAUAUUUGUGUUGUUAAGCUUCCUAUUGUAUUCAAUGCCCUCAGUGAUAUUUUGGCUUCUGAACACGAGGAGGCUGUAUUAGCAGCAAUGCAUGCAUACAAGAGCCUGAUAGAUGCAUGCGUUGAUGAAAAGUUGGUCAAACAGGGUGUCGACCAGGUUAUGUCAAACGCAAGGCAAUCUGUGCCAACUAUCAUUGAAAAGGUGUGUGCAAUUGUUGGAAGAUUAGUUGACUAUAAUUUCUCUGCUGUCUGGGAUGUGUCAUUACAAGUUAUCUCAGCAAUGUUCUAUAAAUUAGGCCAAUAUGCAUCAUAUUUUUUAAGUGGUACACUUCAGAGCUUGGCAGAUAUGCAAAAGUUGCCAGAUGAGGACUUCCCAUUCAGAAAACAGCUGCAUGAAUGUGUUGGAUCUGCACUUCGCGCAAUGGGACCUGAAACAUUUUUGAGCAUGUUACCACUCAAGUUGGAUUCUGAAGUCCUAACUGAGGCGAAUCUUUGGUUAUUUCCAAUUUUGAAGCAAUAUAUUGUUGGUGCUCGGUUAAGCUUCUUUACUGAGUCAAUUUUACCCAUGAUUGGAGCCAUGUCACGAAAGUCAGCAUUGCUUGAACGAGAAGGAAAAGUUUAUUCAGCUAGGAGUAUAGAUGGAAUUGUAUACUCCUUGUGGUCCUUGCUGCCAUCUUUUUGCAAUUACCCUCAAGAUACGGCUGAGAGCUUUAGGGAUCUGGAGAAAGCACUUUGUUCUGCGCUUCGUGAAGAACCUGAUGUUUGGGGCAUAAUAUGCUCCAGUUUGCAAAUCCUUGUUCAGCAGAAUAGGGGACAUCUGGAAGGAAAAGAGGACAUGUCCAUCUUUGACCUAAGUGUUCCAGAACAACGAGCAAUUGCACUUUACAAUCCACAAGUUGCAGCCGAUAAUUUAAGUGUCUUGAGGUCCUCUGCUCGCGAAUUGUUAUCUGUUAUGUCGGGAGUCUUCUUGAAAGCUCCCAAAGAUAUUAGUGGCUCUAUACAGAGUACAAUAGGAGAGCUUGCUUCUGUGUCAGAAAAAGAGGUAGUUGCAAGGUUCUUUAGGACCACAAUGCAGAAGCUUUUGAAGGUGACUCAAGAGGCAAGUAAAGCGGAAAACUUUAGAAACUCCAAAUCGAUGCAGGUUGAUGACAUUUCUGGUGAAAGCUCGGUGUCAACAGCAAGGGCACAGUUAUUUGAAUUGGCAGUUUCACUUUUGCCUGGCUUGGAUGCCAAAGAAAUUGAUCUUCUAUUUAUUGCUAUAAAGCCUGGAUUAAAGGAUGUUGAGGGCUUAAUUCAAAAGAAGUGUUACAAAGUUCUUUCCAUUAUUCUCCGGAACUCAGAUGAAUUUAUUUCGAGAAAGCUUGAAGAGCUGCUUAAUCUGAUGAUUGAGGUUCUUCCUUAUUGUCAUUUCUCGGCCAAGCGUCAUAGGCUUGACUGUCUGUAUUUCUUGAUUGUCCAUAUGUCAAAGGAUUUAUCUGGGCAGAAUCAGCGUGACAUCAUCUCUUCUUUCCUGACUGAAAUAGUUCUUGCACUGAAAGAGGUCAAUAAAAGAACAAGAAAUAGAGCAUAUGAUAUUCUGGUUCAAAUUGGACACAUAUAUGGGGAUGAAGAUAAAGGGGGCAGAAAAGAAGACCUGCACCAGUUUUUUAACAUGGUUGCUGGAGGAUUGGCUGGAGAGACCCCUCAAAUGAUUAGUGCAGCUGUGAAGGGUUUAGCUCGCUUGGCUUAUGAGUUUAGCGAUCUUGUUUCUGUUACUUAUACAGUUCUUCCAUCCAUGUUUCUCCUCCUCCAGAGAAAGAACAAGGAAAUAAUCAAGGCUAGUCUAGGAUUGUUGAAAGUGGUGGUCGCUAAGUCCCAGGUUGAAUGGUUGCAAACACACUUAAAAGGAAUGGUGGAGGGCCUAUUGAAUUGGCAAGAUAGCAGGAAGAACCAUUUCAAAGCAAAGGUUAAAAUGCUAUUUGAAAUGCUUAUCAAAAAAUGUGGUUUGGAGGCUGUUAAAGAAGUCAUGCCUGAAGAACACGUGAAACUUCUUACCAACAUAAGAAAGAUUAAGGAGCGCAAGGAAAGGAAACUUGCUUCCAACUCCGAGGAAUCCAGAUCUCAUCAGUCAAAAGCUACUACAUCCAGGCGGAGUAAAUGGAAUCAUACCAGGAUAUUUUCUGAUUUUGAUGCUGAAGGAAGUGAGAACAGUGAUACCGAUUUCAUGGAUGUGAAGUCACUUAAUGGCCGGAAGAUGGACACGUCAUCAGUGUCAAAAUCCAAAGCAUCGUCACAUAGGACGCGUAAAGCUACCAAGGGCUUGCAGGAAGACUUGCUUGACCAAGUAGAUGAUGAACCACUCGAUCUGCUGGAUCGACAAAAGACAAGAUCGGCUCUUCGAUCAUCCAAGCAUCUAAAAAGAAAACCUGAAUUGGACGAUGAGUUAGAAAUAGAUGCUGAAGGACGGUUGAUUAUCCACGAAGGUGAUAAGAAACAGAAGACAAAAAGAAAUGUGUCAUCUGACCCUGACACAGAUGAAAAGAGCCAUGCAGAUAGUCAUUUGUCAAUAAAUUCACGAAAUACCCAGAAGCGAAGGAAGACAUCCGAGUCUGGGUGGGCUUACACUGGUAAUGAGUAUUCAAGCAAGAAGGCUGGUGGGGAUUUGAAGAGGAAGGAUAAACUUGAGCCGUAUGCUUAUUGGCCACUUGACCGCAAGAUGUUGAGCCGGAGGCCUGAGCACAAGGCUGCCGCAAGAAAAGGCAUGGCUAGUGUGGUGAAGCUGACAAAGAAGCUCGAAGGUAGGAGUGUCUCAAGUGCACUUUCCAUGAAGGCAGUAAAAUUGAAGAAGCAUAAGAAGAAGGAUGGCCAGAAGAAGACUAGGUAGAUGUGAAACAUAAUUUUUUUCAGCCAGUGGAAGAAAGCUGGAAGGUACCGUGGUGGUUUUUUUGUACUUAUGCCAUGGCGGUCUGCUUUUAUCGAGACUAGAGUCGUCAAAAAGAGAUGCAAUUGUGUGUGCUGCCGGCUGCUGAAGAUUUUACACAGGAAUUGAUUUUUAAUUAGCUCCGGCUGUCAUUUGGUUUGGUUCAUGAAGGAUCGAAGGGGAAUUUCUCAUGUUGGUCUCUGCUUCUAUAACUAGAGGCACGAGGGAUAGGAUAUUUUCAAUGAUCCUAAUGAUCAUACGUGCUUUUGUUUUCGAUAUUGUACGUGAUAUGGUAUCAAACCGGGAGAAAAUGUAUUCUUCAUGUAUAUAUGCACGUGUUUACAGAUAGUUUUGUGGAAAAAAAGGGAAAUCCAGCUAUAUUAGCAAUAAAGAAUAUAUUGAUUUUUAGAACA